UCUUUCUGCGGGCUACUGUUUGCCGGAGCCUCCCGGCGCGCCCCCGCGAGCCCCCCUCCCGCCCGGCGCGCGACCCCGCCACUUCCAAUGUUGUGAAUCAAAUGUGGGGUUUGUUACUUUCUGCCGCCGUCGCGGACAGUUCUUAAAGGGCCAGCCGCGCGAACUAGCUGCGUCCAGCGCCUCCUCUCGCUGCCUAAGGCUUGGGGAGGAGACGGACCGCGCGUGGGCCUCGCCAGGCAGACGCCGUCGGGCGGACAACAAAGAGACGGCCCCGGAAGAGCCGGGCUGCCCCCGGACCGGGGUUGGGGUGGGGAGGGGAGCACAUUGUUCCGCAGGGCGGGGACUCUUAAAGGGUCCAGGCAGCCCCCCCCCGCCCCCCUGCCCAGUUUAGUCGUCCUAGAUCGUGAACAAAGGAGUCGACGUGUGGCCGGGCGGCCGAAGGGUUGUGAGUCCCAGCCCAGCCCCUCCACCUCCCUGCCCCCCCUGAUGCAACCAUGGGCUCUGGCAGUGACUAGGUGGCCACCCUCUGCCGCUGUGGGUCAACGGCAGUUCUCUGCAGGACCCAGAAGUGCUCUGGGCCAGCUCUGGAGAAGUCCUACCAGGACCUCCUCUCUGUGGUACAGCCCCGGCCACGAGGGCCCCCUGGCUAGCCCACCUGCCCAGGAUGAGCGCUUACCCUCCCAGCAGCCGCUGCCCCGACCACCACACCUCCCUGUAGAGGAGCAUCGAGCCUCGGCUUCUGCCGGCGGGAGCCCCCGAAUGCUGCACCCAGCCACCCAGCAGAGCCCGUUCAUGGUUGACCUCCACGAGCAGGUACACCAGGGAGCUGUCCCUCUGUCCUACACAGUCACUACGGUGACCACCCAAGGCUUCCCCUUGCCUACAGGCCAACACAUCCCUGGCUGCAGUGCCCAGCAGCUCCCAGCAUGCUCCGUGAUGUUCAGCGGGCAGCACUACCCCUUGUGCUGCCUCCCACCCCCGCAGCUGAUCCAGGCGUGCACCAUGCAGCAGCUCCCUGUGCCCUACCAGACCUACCCUCACCUCAUCUCCAGUGACCACUACAUCUUGCACCCUCCACCGCCGGCCCCACCACCCCAACCUACCCACAUGGCACCUCUUGGGCAGUUUGUAUCGCUGCAGACCCAGCACCCACGUAUACCCCUGCAGCGGCUCGAUAAUGAUGUGGACCUGCGGGGGGACCAGCACCCACUGGGUGGCUUCAGUUACUCCACCUCUGCCCCUGGCCCAGCUUUGUCCCCUUCGGUGCCCCUGCACUACCUGCCCCAUGAUCCACUGCACCAGGAGCUGUCCUUUGGUGUGCCGUAUUCCCACAUGAUGCCACGGAGGCUGAGCACCCAGAGAUACCGCCUCCAACAGCCGCUGCCGCCACCACCACCCCCACCCCCACCACCUUAUUACCCCAGCUUCCUGCCCUACUUCCUCUCUAUGCUGCCAAUGUCACCAACAGCGAUGGGGCCCACCAUCAGCCUGGAUCUGGAUGUGGAUGACGUGGAGAUGGAGAACUAUGAGGCCCUCCUGAACCUGGCCGAGCGGCUGGGAGAUGCCAAGCCCCGAGGGCUCACCAAAGCAGACAUAGAGCAGCUCCCGUCUUACCGCUUUAACUCGGACAGCCAUCAGUCGGAGCAGACGCUGUGUGUGGUCUGCUUCAGUGACUUUGAAGCACGGCAGCUGCUCCGAGUCCUCCCCUGUAACCAUGAGUUUCACGCCAAGUGUGUCGACAAGUGGUUGAAGGCCAACCGGACGUGUCCUAUUUGCCGGGCUGACGCCUCCGAGGUACCCAGAGAGGCUGAGUGAGGCCCCACAGCUGCCCACCAGAACCCUGCCCAAAGCUCUGGAAACUUGGGGGGGACCCAGGGAGGGGAAUGGCCCAGGCCUGUCCCAUCGUUCCCACCUGCAUCUCCAGAGCUGGAGCCAGGGUCAGCCCUGUGAGAAGCCCCUGCAAUAAGCCCCUGCAUUUGCCAAGCUCCAAAGAGUCCUUUCCUCAUCUGCCUGCCUGUCUGCCGCCACAGAGCUGCCUGGGGGUCCCCAACUCAGUCUCCCUCCUGUUUGCCCUUGGGUCCUUUUUUUUUUUCCUGCUUGGCACUGGGAGCCAGGGCUCUUCCCCAUUGUGGUGGGCAAAGGGUUCACCAUCCUGGGUCACCUUGGGCUCUUGCACUGAAAUGGUAUGCCCUCCCUCUGCCCAGGUGGCACUUCCAGGCGUGUGGACAGAUGGUGGCAUGAUGCCAUUUCCUAAGCCCCAGGGCUGAGUCCUGCUUGACCCCAGAAGUCAGGCCACCAGCCCUUGCCUCAGACUGGAGGGCAUCCUGGUGGGGCCUCCUGAGCAAAUGGAGACUGGCCCCAGGCGGCGCAGUGUAUGCUGAUGGGGUCUAGGCCUUGCUGGGCAGAGUCCCUGUGUUCACCAGGGACAGGGGCAGACCCAUGUCCAAUCUUCUCCUCUCUGUCACUUUGCAUGAAUGUGAAGAGCAACAGUUUUUGUUUAUUCAUUUGGCCCAAAAUUUUGUGUAGGAUUUGGGGGUGUGGAUAUUUAUGACAAUUUUUUUUCCUUUGAUUUAGUGGGGGUUACAGGGAUCAACCAGGACCGAAUGCCCAGGGGGCAGAGAAGGGUCAGGGGGUGCCACCUGGCCUGCAUGCAUGUGUUUGGCUGGGGUGGGGCUGGGCAGCCGGCGGUCAGAGGGCAGGGUUGGAGGAUUCUGUGCUCAGCUGAUAACUGCCAUGCACUGUACUGCACACGUCCCUAGAGCCUACUGGGACCGUCCGCUUUUCAGGGCAUUUCUCCCUCUCCAACCAGGGUCCGCCUCCCACCUGCCUGGGUGAGUCUCCAAGGAAUCCCAGGAGGGCCGGGCCCAGGGAGGGUGGGGACCUUCAGUCCUGGAGGUCCCACGCAGCCUGAUUCUUGCCCUUCAAGGUCUGGAGGGGGACCCUUUAGGGUCUGGCUGAGCUCCCUACCCUCCUUCCCCGGUCCCAUUCCUUCUUUGCCCCCAGCUGGGGUUGCUGCCCUGAACGAACGAACCGCGUGUGGGGCCGGCACAUCCUAGCAGGCAACCCCUCGGCGCCUGCUGCCUCAGGGAUGCUCCAACCACCCUCGUUCUCCCCGCAGCGACCUUGGCCCCCUGCCUCCCACCCAGCCUGCCAUGGGACCCCUCAGCCUGGUUCCACCCCCGUGAAGAACCCAAAGUCUUAACUGUAUAUAAUUCCAGGUGACGUUUCUAUAUUUAUAGCAGUGUUGAAAACCCAUGUGUUUUACACAGAACCACUCUCCAACACCCCUCCCUUGCCCACCCCAACAAAAGGUUUUCAAAACCCUUACAGUUCCUGGGGCAGGUGGAAACAGGUUCAUGGAUUGUGUGUCGUCUGCAGCAAUGAUUCCAGCAAGCAGCUACUGGGGGGAGGUGGGGGGGACACAAUAUUUUAAAAAAUCAUCAUAAAAAAAAUUUAUGAAACAUUUAGGGUUGUUUGUGAUUUGCUGACCUUGCUAUAGAUGCCAUGUUACCAAUGAUUUCCUGUGGUGGGGGCUUGUCAUUGUUUACUCUUAUUUACCAACUUCUGGCCUAGGCAUGACAGUGGGCACCUUCCCCCAGCCCUGGCUGGGCCCAGCGCCUGUGUUCUGUGUUAGAAAGUUUUUAUAUACAUAUAAUUACAUAUAUAUAUAUAUAUAUAAAUAUAUGUAAUUUUGGGGGCCCUGUUCCUUGCACAUUUUACAGUUACCUCAUUUUUCCCAUGUAUGUAUUUGAGAAAAUGCUAAUAUAUAGAGAAAAAAAUGGUUCUUAAAGCUUAAAUGUGUGGUUUUUUCCAUUCCAUUGGAUUCACAUUGGUUUGUAGCAUUUAACAUAACUAGUAUGUUGUACUAUAUAUAUGUGUAUACUGAUUGAAAUUUUUAACAGAUUUGUACUUUUUUUAAAAUGAAAGUUGCUAGUUCUGCUUGACCAAGUAGUGCAAUCAUUAUUUUUUUUAAUAUUGUUGCUGAUUUCAGAGGGAUAUUCACUAAUAAAUGUAUGAUGUAUACCAA